AUGAAUCAUCCAACGACUAGAAAACAGAAUCUAACAGGCUCUUCCAUUGCCAGAGAUUUCGGUGACGAUUCUCAUUUUGCAGCCGUCAUUAGCAGGGAAAUGUUGAAAUUGUUUGCCAUUAUAUCGCUGCUUUUCUUACACCUUUUGGUGCCUACGCAGGCAACGGGCAAGUGCAGAUUCAAUGAGAAGCACUUCAAUAACUUCACCCUGGAAGUCAUCAACAAUACCAUUUACUUGGACAUGGUGAUGCCCAGGACGAUUAAUCGGGGCCUCAAGGUCCUCAUUGAUUUCCAGAUCAGCCUGGAUAAGAGAAAGAGCUACCAGCGGCUCUUCGCCUACAUACUGGACGUCUGCGCCGUGGUCUCUUCGGUGAAGUCUAGUAUGUUCAAGAGCUGGUUCCUAAGCGUCCUCGAGCACGGCAACUUCAUGGCCAACUGCCCAGUGCCAGCGGGCCAUUACUUCCUUCGCAACUGGAAGCUGGAUUCCAAUCUCGUGCCGCACUACAUGAUAGCCGGCGACUAUCGCGUGUUCGCCCACUUCUUCUACGGGAAGCACAAGACCAGACAUGAGGACUUUGUCCUCGAUAUGGACAUCUACGCUGUAAUGAAGGCAGCCUAG